AUGUUCUCCAAAGCCCUUUUAGCUCAGUCAAGGACAUUCUCUGUAUCUCUAAGGGCCCGUGCGUCACUUUCGUCGCCGGUUCUGUUACGCCAUGCCAACUCUGGAAAAGUGUCGAUGCCAUUGCAAUGGCAGCGAGCAUUGUCAACCUCGUUGCCGCUGCGUGAUGACGAGUCACGGUUUAGCGAUCAAAACUCGAAGCCAAGGGGCUUUCGGAGAAGCAUGCCGCCUUCGGGAACACUUUAUAUCGGAAACCUGCCAUACUCUAUUACUGAAGAAGAACUGCGACAAUCUUUCGCAGAGUUCGGGGAGGUCGUACGCGUAUCUUUGGGCACCACGCCAGAAGGGAUGAAUCGCGGGUUUGGACACGUUCAAUUUGCCAAUGUGGAUGAUGCCAGCAAGGUCAUCAAGGCGGAUGAGGAGGACCCAAUAUUUAUCAUGAACCGCGACAUCUACCUUGACCAUGCAGCGGUCCAGGAACAAUCGGUGCGGGAACCUUACCACACGCUCUUCAUCCGUCCGUUUGGUGGAGCAGAGGACGACUUGCGCGGGAUAUUCAGCAACUUCGAGCAAUCCAUCGCGGAUGUGAGAUUAUUGAGGGACAAAAUGACCGGCGAAUCAAGGGGAAGCGGGUUUGUGGAAUUUAAGAAUGCCGAGGCCGCUACCGAGGCACUUGAGGGUAUAAAAGAUCCUAAGGACCCUUCGACGGGUAGGCAGAUGGUCAUCAAAUAUGCAAAGCCCUCUCGCCUCAAUUCUGCCUCUGACUUCAAGAGCAACCCGGAAGGGAAAAGGCGGAGAUUCAAUCAGAGAGAGAAAGGUCCCCAUCGCAAAAAUUCAUACGGUGGUGACUGGCAAGGUUCCCAGCGCACGGAGGAGUAUCGCGACUCAUAG